AUGGGCUCCGCUGCUCAAGGGGACAACAAUGGAGGAGGAGGAGGAGGAGGAGGAGGAGGAGGAGGAGUCGAGGGUGCACGUCGCCCCAGGUCGUCGGUCCUAAAGAGCUUCAUCCACCGGCGUAACCAGUCCGAGGGCUCCGCGCUCUUCACCUCGCCGCCAUCCGUCCAGAUCACUACUACCACGACGACAACAACAACGACCUCCUCCUCUUCUUCUUCCCAGCACAUCCAAGCAGCCUACGACCGCCUCGAGGGCAGGAUGAUGCCGCCGCCUCCCCCCUCCCCCCUCCGCACCGAAGGCUUCGGUGGCGCCCUCGGCGAGCUCAACCAAAAUUCUCAACAGGACCCUGUGCUGCGGUCUCCCCGAAAGCUCCCAGACGACGACCGACGCGAUCGAUCACGCUCACCGACAAAAUCCACCUUCAGCACCAUGUCCCUCAAAAAUAUGGCCAAAGAGGCCCGCAAGUCCCGCGACGUGUCCCCCGAGAAGCCCAAGAAGACAAAGUCCAGCACGAACCUCGCCGGCUUCCUCUCGCGGCCCAAGUCGACCCUCUCCCUCCACAAGACCUCGUCAAAAGACAAGGAGGAGGAACAGAACCGCCGCAUGGCCAAGGACAAGGAGAACCGUACGCCGCCGAGCUCGACGUCCAGCGCAGACAUGUCUGCCAGUGCCGUUGGCGGACCUGCCCCUCCCAUCUACGCCCAGUUCUGCAGCCAGGACCUAGGGAGCAACGGUCUGCGUGGGAAGGCAUCAUUUGAUGCGGGCAGUGGACGGUACGGCAGCGAGGCUUCGUCAAACGACAUGACUGCUGCCAAGAAGCAGCGACCCAAAUCAUAUCAUCCAUCCUCCGCGAUAUCCAAGCACGAGUCCACGCAGGACUUACGCGGCGGUAGACCGCCUCCGGCUGGACGAGAGCCUUCCGCGUCCGAGAGGAUCACUAGUAAAGUCCAGCGGCCGAAGCUCUUCACAGCCUUUUCUGCCAUCGGGCCCCAGAAGACGACAAAAUCCAAGCAGUCCAUGGAUCCGCUGGAGCGACGCAUCGACCCCAAGGAAAUCGACACCCAUCUGGAGGCCAUGCUCGACCGGCGCAACAUCCCCGAGAACCAGCGCUACAAGAUGAGGAACCUCGCUGACACGAUCAAGAUGGAGUUCAUCCGGCAGGACUGGGCUGAGAUGGCGGCGAAAGAACAGGCCGGUAACGACGGCGUCAACGAACCCACGUCCGCCGUCACCUUGGGCGGCUCCGACAAGGAGGAGAACGGCCAACAGUCGAAGCGCAGCAGAGGCAGGAGUUUCACGCUGUCGCGAAAGAAGGACCAGUCGUCAAACUCGCCGACGAAAAAGUCCAAGGGCGAUUCGUCCUCGAUCGGCCGCCACUUCAGGAGCAAGUCCACAGAGAGCGUGACCAGCGAGCGGCCGACGUCCUCGGGCUCCAAUACGAGCAUCGGUAUUCUCGCCAAGAUCAAGUUUGGCCAGGGGCCAGGCGAUUACGUUUCCUACCUCCGCAAGGUGCAAAAGCCGGAACUCGUCGAGGUCGGGAAGCUUCACAAGCUACGUCUGCUGUUGCGAAACGAAACCGUUUCCUGGACCGAAGAUUUCAUCAAGCAGGGCGGCAUGGAGGAGAUUGUCGGACUGCUCAACCGCAUUCUCGCGGUCGAGUGGAGAGAGGAGCACGAAGAUGCCCUGCUCCACGAGAACCUGCUUUGUCUAAAAGCCCUCUGCACUACCGCAUUGGCACUACAAUACUUACACUCUAUACAUACAGACCUCUUGCCGAAGCUCCUGCAUAUGCUCUUCGACCCGGAGAAGAAGGGUCCCAGCGAAUUCACUACACGCAACAUUGUCACAUCAGUGCUAUUUACAUAUAUCGAGUCGGCACCGCCCGCAGAGCGCAUCAUCCGCGCCCAGACGGUGCUGCGGUACCUCCGCAACCCAGAGCCUAAGGAGGAGGACAGGCCGCUCGGCUUCGUGCUCGAGAUGCGUAAGGACCGGCCCUACACGGUCUGGAACAAGGAGGUGGUCAGCGUCACCAAGGAGGUCUUUUGGAUCUUUUUGCACCACCUCAACGUCAUCGCCCUGCCGUCCGAGAUGUCCACCAAGGGCGGCGCGCCGCUCGGCACCGUCACCAACGGCACCACGUUCGACCCGUACGCCUACAUGACGCGGCACUUCCCCUCGGAGCGGCCCCCCGUUCCCGCUGCGCCCUACGUCGGCGGCGUCGAGUGGGACGCGACCAACUACCUCGCCUCCCACCUCGACCUCAUGAACGCUAUUAUCGCGUGUACGCCCACCGCGGAACAACGCAACGCGCUGCGUCACGACCUGCGCAUCUCUGGCUGGGAAAAGGUCCUCGGCGGCAGCCUCCGGCUCUGCAAGGAGAAGUUUUACGGCUGCGUCCACGAGGCACUCCGCUGCUGGGUCGCCGCAGCCACGGAAGACGGCUGGGACGCGCGAGACGUGCGCUACGGCCCGCCCCCUGAAUCGCGGAGCACGAGUCCCGCCAAGAAGAGCCCCGCCAAGAAGCCCGCUGAGCCGGCGCCCCGGAUCGAGAUUCCCAAGUUGGACUUUGGUCUCGACCGACUGCCCGGCCGGACACCUGUCAAAGAGAGGGACGCCUGGCUGUCAUAA